AUGGACCCGCGGAGCGGCUUCUCCCCGAGCACGAGGACGUUCCGCAGCCUGCGCCCACCGAUCCCGCUCCCACCGGAGGACGACGACGUACCCGUCUCCUUCCCGUCCUUCGCCUGGUCGCGCCUCCCGUCGCCGCUCCCCGCGCACCCAGCCUUCGUCGACGCGUCCACGGGCACCGCGCUCUCGUUCCCGGCGCUCCUCGCCCGCGUCCGCUCCCUCGCCGCCGCGCUGCACGGCGCGCCGCUCGGCGUCGCCCUCGCCAAGGGCGACGUCGCGCUCGUGCUCGCGCCGCCCAGCCUGGACGUCCCCGUGCUGUACCUCGCGCUGCUGUCCCUCGGCGCCGUCGUCUCGCCGCUCAGCCCGGUAUCCGCGCCCGCCGACGUCGCCCGCGCGGUAGCCCUGUGCGACCCGUCCGUCGUCUUCGCCACCGGAGCAACCGUCGGCAAAGUCCCUGCGUCAGGGAAGAAAAAGGCAUCCGUCAUCCUGCUGGACUCGCCACAGUUCCAGUCCUUCCUCCACGGCCACGACGAACCGGGGUUCGCCGCAGGCGUGCCGCCACCCCCGGUCGAGGUGGUGCGGCAGUCCGACGUGGCGGCGAUCGGCUACUCGUCGGGCACGACAGGGCGAACCAAGGCGGUGGCGCAGUCGCACCGCCGCCUCAUCGCGUCGGCGCUGCAGUACCGCUCGCCACCGCCGCGGCGGACGCCCGGAGGCCCCACGGUCGUCACGCUCCUCGGCGUGCCCAUGUUCCACUCGUACGGCUUCCACAUGCUCAUGCGCGGGGUGCUGAUGGCCGAGACCAUUGUCGUGGUCACCGCCACCCGCGGCGGCGCGGCAGCCGUGCUGGACGCCGCCUCGAGGUGCAGGGCCACGCAGAUGUUCGUCGCGCCGCCUGUCGUGGCGGCCAUAGCGCGGGGAGGCAGCAUCGGACCGGAGGGGUUCCCGGACCUUGUUCGGAUCGUCUGUGGCGGUGCGCCGCUGAGCACCGCCGCGGCGUCGGCGUUCCAUGAAAGGUUUCCCGACAUCGAGCUGUUUUUGGCACUAGGAUCAACUGAGGGUGGCGUGAUAUCAAACAUGGUCUGUCGUGAGGAAUGUGAUCGUAUAAAAUCAACAGGUCGGCUAUGUAGCGGUGUUGAAGCCAAAGUUGUUGACAUUAUUAGUGGUGAACUCUUAUCAACCAACAAGCAAGGCGAAUUAUGUAUCCGAGGCCCAAGUGUCAUGCUAGGAUAUGUUGGUGGUGAUGAAACAAGCAAUCAAGCAUUUGACUCUGAUGGCUGGCUUAAAACUGGUGACCUCUGCUAUUUUGAUGAGGAUGGCUUCCUUUACGUUGUUGAUAGACUAAAAGAUAUAAUUAAGUACAAGGCAUAUCAGGUUGCACCAACGGAGUUGGAGGAUGUGCUGCAUUUGAUCCCUGGGAUAUUGGAUGCUGCAGUUAUCUCAUACCCAGAUGAAGAAGUAGGACAAUUACCAAUGGCAUUUGUUGUAAGGCAAAAUGGGAGCAAUAAUCUUACAGAAGACCAAAUAAUGGAAUUCGUUGCCAAACAGGUUGCCCCUUACAAGAAGAUACGUAAAGUUUGUUUUGUUGAUUCAAUACCACGGUUGCCAUCAGGCAAGUUACUAAGGCGCGAGCUGCAUAAACACAUGACGCUUACCAGCAGGUUGUAA